CAUAUAUUCCACCCCUCCCCAGCUCCCCUUGACCGUCUCCUUCACAGUUGGUUCGCAGGCAGACGCAGCUGAAUCCCAACUGAGCUGGCCGCUGUCCUUGCUCCGAGAGAGACAAGAGCAACCUUGCAAUGAUCUCGCUGGACUUGAAUUUCAACAUUCUGACAAGGGACCUUUCACAUUAUUUGGAAAAUCAAGUGAAAGUUGGGCUGUUCGGUUCGGGAGUGGGGUUGUCUCUGGUACUCGGCUUCAGCGCAGCUUACACCUGCUAUUAUUUAAUUUCGGUAGCUAAGAUGUGGGUAACAGAUGUGGAUUUAUCCUUGAGGAGCAUCCUUCGGCGCGAGCUAAUCAAGGCAGCAGAUGGAGGACAGAUAUCUGUAGACUGGUUCGACAACGAUGACAGCCUCUUUUAUCCCGACCCCACCACCAGGCCCACAGUGCUGCUUCUUCCCGGCCUGACCGGCACCAGCCGAGAAUCCUACAUCUUGCACAUGGUCCAGCAGAGCCGGGAUCUGGGUUAUAGAUGUGUGGUAUUCAACAACAGAGGGGUUUCUGGUGAAACACUACUGACCCCGAGGACCUACUGCGCCGCUAACACAGAAGAUCUGGAGACUGUUAUUGAUCACAUCCAGAAAACCUAUGAAGMAGCUCCAAUGAUGGCUGCUGGUGUAUCCAUGGGAGGGAUGAUGCUGGCCAACUACCUGGGCCAUAAGGGCCGGAAAACCUGCCUGAAAGGGGUCAUAGUCUUCUCAGCAGGCUGGGAUGUGUUUGAGUGCACCGCGUCACUGGAAAAACCCCUGGACCGUUUCCUCUUCAACUCCUACCUCACCAGCUGCCUACAAGCUUCUGUGCACAGACACAGACCGGUGCUUGAAAAGUGCUACGACAUUGACCAUGUCAUGAAGGCAAAGACUAUCCGAGAGUUUGAUGAGAGGUUCACCUCCAUCAUGUUCGGAUAUCCUACUAAUGACGACUAUUACCGCGAUGCCAGUCCUGUGCACAAGCUGAAAUCUGUGCAGGUGCCAAUGCUGUGUCUGAACGCUGCUGAUGACGUCUUUUCUCCAUCUCACGCCAUUCCAGUGGAGGCGGUAAAGCAGAACCCUAACUUGGCCUUGCUUAUAACCUGCCAUGGAGGCCACAUUGGCUUCCUGGAGGGUCUGUGGCCACGACAGAGCACUUACAUGGACCGAGUCUUCAAGCAGUUCGCGAAGGCCGUCAUUGAAGAAGGCGGCCUGCUUAAAGACCUCUCCUGAUAAGACAACUUAGAGUGGUCCUCUCGUUUCAUCGUCAUCCAUGUUUUUUUCACUACAUUCCAUCGUUUCUUCUUCCAUUUCCAUCCUCUUUUUUUUGUUCAUUCCCAGCUCUCUAUAAUUCCUUCCUUCCUCAACACCAAAUGUUAUUCAUCUUUAUUGUUUUUUUGCUUCCUUGCCUUGUCUUGAUGCUAUCUUUGCCUUACAUUGAUCCGUUCCGUUCCUCCCACUACCACAGGCAGAAAACAUCGUUCUUUCUUAUUAUUAAAUGCAGUUCAGUUAAAUAUUAUUAAAUGCAAAUAUUAUUAAAUGCAGUUCUUCUGUUGCAUUUGACAUUCAGAUCACUUUUACUCUCUAACCGUGAACUCAAAGAUAGGCAUAGCUCCUCAUGUCAGUGCUGAAAAGUUUAAUAUUUCUCAUAUUGUUCAACCUAAGAAUUUGGUGGUAAACCCGUGCUAUUUUUUUUUUUCCCCAUCAAGUUAGCUCAAGUACUGUUUGACUUAUGUAACCUUAUGUAGUUUUUAGCACUUACAUCAGUAGUAUUGUAUCCCUCAGGGAUUUCCUUUCUUUUUCUCUCUCGUUCCUCUCUUUUCUUGUGAAAUGUCACUUUUGUCAAAGUGUUCUCCUUCAUUUUGCAUUGUACUCCACCUUUUAAAAGUAGAUGUUAAUUAGCAGUGAACAAAGCAUAAUGUUGUUUCUUUUGAGUUCUAACUGGGCGUGUGAAUUAUGCUUAUGUGCUUUCGCUUAGAGAGGUCAGAAGUUGAUUCCAUGUCCUAUUAAAUGUGAAGCUGCUGUUAGGAGACAUUUAGCUAUWAGGACUGAAAGCAGAAAAAAAUAUAUAUAUAGAUGUACACACCUGUAAAAUAUUUGGUAUCUUUAGAUACAUAUAUUUUGGCAGUGAAAGGGGAACAUCUCAGAAUAUUUGAGUGAUUCUAAAUUUUGAAGACAUAAACAGAUUCUGCACAUUUGGUUGGUCUUUUGUMUGAUUAGUUUCAAGGAUAAAAUUAUUAGAAUUUAUUGUUUUUAAUUUAUACAAGAAUGCCUUUUUGGAGCCAUCUCUGUACCUUGACUUGUUCUAUUCCGUUCUUUUUUUUUUUUUUUUGAUAAUAGAUACAUGCUUAAACCCAAAGAUACCUAGGAGAGUUAACACUGCUUUCAGUUUGCAUGCAAAUUGACAGCUGGCUGUAGCUUCACAUUUAAACAAACAUGCAGUGUACCGAUGACAAUGACAAUCUACUGAUGUGAUUUUGUUUCAUCUGAGGGUAUAUUCUACAUGCACUUUUAUUUUAAGUUCUUUUACUUUCACGCACACCAAAUAGUUUUACAAAUGGAGAAUAUGGAGGAAAUCUGAUCCAUGACAAGGAAUGUAAAGUUGCACUAUUUAGUUGGUACUACCAUGCCUCUAACUGUCUAACGCAAGGCACUUAUUUCCUCAAAGCUAUGACAGUGAAAAUCCUAAAGGCUCAACAGAACAGAGUGCGAAUGCCAUGAAAUUUGUUUUGUGAAAAUGUUGGUUAUUUCUGUGGCUCCCUGGGCGCUUUAUUAUACAGCUUGAGUUAAAUGAAGUAAAAUGUGAGGACGUGGUUUGCACAUUGGCUGUCUGAAGUGGUGUUUGCUGCUUUAAAGGAUGUGUAGCUUGUAUUAUUUCCAGUCACUUUUGCUUUCCUUUGCCAACAAUGAUCAACGGGCUGGCUACCAUUAAUGAGUUGGCAUGGGGGAACUGAACACUUAUGACUGGUGGCCAGGAUUUCAGCAACAAAAUGCAUGAAGAUAAAUUGACUACAKUUUCCCRUUGAAUUUUACUGUUCAGUUGUUUUGCAAAAUUAGCGCAUGUUUCUUCAUCAUCACGUCCUGUAACUGUAGCACUGAAGGCAAGUUUUUUUUUUUUCUUUUUYAUUUAUGCUGCAUUUAAUUUUGUACGGCACUCAAAAGAAGACGAGUAAACAUUUGUUUAAACUGUGCAGCAAUAAGAUUUUAAAUAUAAAAUCUGUCUAUAGCAUAAGUACUACUGUAUUGACAUUACCAUCUUUAGUGUAUUAUGCUGUAUUUAYUGAAUUAUUAAACAAAGUCUAGGUCAAUUUGC